AUGCUGACCGCCAUUGCCUUCAUUGCUCUGCUACCCGGUGCUCUAGCGCGCCAAAUCACUGUAACGAACAAUUGCGGCUACACCAUUUGGCCCGCGAUGUUCACAGCUAUCGGAACGGCUCCAACCUACCCUGGAGGGUGGGAAGCCCCUGCGGGGACAUCAGUGACCUUUACUGUGCCAGACAACUGGUCUUCUGCUAGGAUCUGGGGCCGUCGCGGCUGUACCUUUACUGCAGACUCGAACUCGUGCCUAGACGGCGGUUGCAGUGGCGGUUUGCAAUGCAACGGAAUUGGUGCGCCGCCAGCAACACUUGCCGAGUUUACUCUCGGUGGUGAUACCGGGACGGAUUAUUACGAUGUAUCCCUCGUGGAUGGCUUCAAUAUACCCGUAAGCAUCACGAACAACGUUGGGUGUUCUGUUGCAGACUGUCCCGUUGAUCUGGGGCCAAAUUGUCCAACUCCUCUCCGGGGGCCGUUUGACGUGUCGGGUAACAUCGUGGGUUGCAAAAGCGCUUGUGAAGCCGGCCUCGAUAGCGACACUGCCAACUCCCCCAACUGUUGCACGGGAAAUUACAGCACUCCAGCAACCUGCCCGUCUUCUGGCGUUCAGUAUUAUAGCUAUUUCAAAAGCAAUUGCCCGAACUCCUAUUGUUAUGCUUACGACGAGUCAAGCGGAACGGCCUUGUGGACGUGCGAUGGGUCAAAGAGUCCCGCGUAUACGAUCACUUUCUGCCCAGAGUGA